GGCAUAUAUCCAGUUGUUUGUACAUUUGUCCUCAGGGGGCUGCAAAGCCUCCAGCGAGCGGCCGCGCUCACAAGCCCUGUGAACUUUGACGUAUAUAUUUCUCCCAAGAUUCCCAUGAGCAACUGAACACGUAACCGCAGUAGAGAUAUAUAAGCGGGCGGCAAAAUGUCCAGCGAUUCGCGGAAGACUUUUGUAGUGACGACCAUAGCUUGCGCUAUUGCGCCCGCAGGACAGCAGGACCAAUAUGCCGCGUACCUGGGCCAGGAUGAGAACGGGGCCAUUGCGUCCUUCUUGGACUCGACACAGAACACGCUGCAGGCUGGCGUCUCGGGCUUGGGCACCGGGCAACUGCAGCUGAAGCUCUCUAAUGCCGCGGAGUUUCCAGAGGGAUGCGAGUUCUCGGUCGUGCUCUCCAAGCUGCGUGCCGGCCCUAUCCGCACGGAAGACGUGCCUGCGGGUGUGGCUGUGGCCACCGUGGCCCACUCGCCGCUGAGCAGCUUGUAUCACACGCUGAAGGAUGUGUACAGCCCGCUUAUCAAGUCACAGACCGCGGAGGGCGUACCCGUGCUGGACAAGCGUUUGUCUGAGCUGCUGGCGCAGGUCCAGGCCGGCCUCGGCACUGCUGUGCGCAAGGGCGUGCCGGCCAGCGCCCAGGAGGUGGCGGACCCAAACCAGGCGCCGCUACAGGAGGUUGUGACGCCCCUGGACGAGAUUAACUUCUGGGCGGAGCUGACAAACAGCCCUAACGCGGGCCCCAUCAAGAGCUCAGCGCUGCAGGUGAGCAGCGCCCUGGAGCCCCUGCGUCAGUCGUUUGAGCAGCUGUCCAGCGACGCGCCUGAGGGCGAGGGCGGCAGCAUUGGCUGGGAGGGCGCCAAGGAGCUUGUGGACCUGACCACCAACGCCCUGCGCGCCGCCUGGCCUGUCAAGCUGCCCAUCGGCGGCUGGGCCAUGGGUCAGAAGCGCGCGGAUAACUUCUUGCGUGUAGUGGGUGCGGCGCUGGCGACGUAUGUGCAGCGGCGCGUGGACCGCCUUGCCGCUGCCGGUCGCGGCGACCUGUGGAGCGCGCCAUUCGGCGAGGUCCGGGCGGUGCUGGUGGGUGCCAGCGGCCUCAUGACCCGCUGGGUUCAGGAGAGCACCGCUCUGGUGGAGGACUGGCGCCUAGGUGUCGAUACCGGCGGCCACGACUGGGAGGGUGCAGCGUUUGCUGACGCGUACGUUCGCUCCUUCCAGGAGCGGCUGGAGGAGAUUUACAACAUGCGGGAGAUGGUGGACGAGCUCGCCAAGCUGGUGGGCCGCGAGGAGGCGGGCUCCCUAGGCGUACAGCAGGUGUUCGCGCCCUUCCAGGGCCUGCAGGCUCUGCAGGUCAGCGACUUCAACACGCACGUGUGGAAGGCCGCCCACGAGGACUUUGAACGGCGCAUGGGCCCCAUCGAGCAGCGCAUCAGCCAGAAAUUGAAGGAGCUCUUUGCUUCCGUCAUCAUCCCGAGCCUCACCAGCGCGAUCGGGCCGGGCCGUGGCGGUGACCGCGCUGCGGCCGGCGGCUCGCUCAUCCAGCCGCAGCAGGUGUUUGCGGAGAUCAAGCGCUACAGCAGCCUGAUGGGCCGCAAGAACAUUGCGUCCGCCCUGCAGAGUGAGAAGGAGACCCUGGCCAAGCAGGUGGACCGCCACCUCGACAGCGUGCAGGCUGAGUUCGAUGCGCACCGUGACUCUGCCACUGGAGGUGCCAAGGUGGCACCUGUGGGCCGCGUGACUGCGUCCAUUGUGGAGCGCAUCAUGUGGUGCAUGCAGACGCUGCAGAAGCUGGGCAAGGUCAGCGAGGUGCUGAAGCACAUGCUUCGCGGCGGCGUGGCGGGUGAUGAGGGCUCGGGCGGCGCUGCCCUGCGCAACACGCUCGGCGUGGUAUCGGAGCUGCAGAAGGAGGUGGAGAUCUUCCGCAAGGAGCAAUACUCGGCAUGGGAGGAGUGGAUGUCGGAGGAGCUGGGUGAGAUGGCCAACUGGAAAAACAGCAAGCUGAUGACCUUUGACAGCCAGAACAGCCACGUGAAGACGCACUUCAACGACCAGCUGGUGCUGCUGCUGCGCGAGGUGCGCCAGCUUCAGAGCCUGGGCUUCGGUGUGCGCAAGGACAUCCUGAACGAGGUGGAAAUCGCCAACAAGUUCUACAGGUACGGUAUGGUGCUGAAACAGCGCGCCAACUUCUACAACAAUAUCGCCACCGAGAUGGUGCAGUGCCAGAAGCCCAUGAUGCUCAAGGACGCGCUGGACUUCGAGAAGGUGCUCAUGAACCCCAAGGACGCCCAGGGCAAGGAGAUUACGUGGCGCAACGCUGCGGCCCUGGACGGCUACGUGCGCCGCCUGAAUGAGGUGGCGGACCGCCUGGCCGAGAAGAACCGCACGCUGCGCAAGUGGCACAGCGUUCUGUCGGACAAGGUGGUCACGCUGGCGGGCACCGACCUGGUGCGCCACAAGGACAAGUGGGCGGCGGGCGUCAAGGAAAUGCGCGAGAUUUUUGGCCGCCUGGAGGCGGAAGGCUACUCGCGGGAGUCACAGCAGGUGUGGCGCCAGCACUGGGACUUCCAGCUGUACAAGGCGCUGGAGGUGCAGUACCUGUCGGGCCUGGAGAUGAUCAACAAGACGCUGCCUGAGGUGGAAGUCAAGAUGGUGUUUCGUCAGCACCGCCUGCAGUACGACCCCCCGCUGGAGGAGCUGCGCAUUCGCCACGUCAAGGACCUGCUCAACACGUUCCUGGGCCUGCCUCUCCGCAUGAAGGGCGUUAGCGACCUGUCAGAGCGCCCUGGCUUCUUCCGCCCGAUUGUAGACGCCAAUCCCACGGGCAUCGCGCGCGUGUAUGCGGCCGCCGAGUCCCUGUUUACGCAGCUGGCGGACGAGCUGAAGAAGUACCAGGACUGGAUGGUGCUGGGCACGCUGGACCUGGACGAGUUUGCCGACGCCAACCUCUUGGAGGUUUCGGACUGGGAGCUGAACUUCCGCAUGCUGAAGGCGGCCAGCCGUGAUGCCGAGAAGCUGCCCAACGAGAUCCGCAUCGAGUGCUACAAGGUGUCGCUGGCGCCGGUCAAGGGCUCCAUUGACGAGCACAUGAAGAAGCUGCAGGACACGCUGGUGGCCAGCCUGCGCCGCAAGACGGUGGCGGAGAAGGACCAGAUCGAGGACUUCAUGAAGAACGGCCGCGAGUUGUUCACGCGCCAGGCUAACACCGUGGAGGACAUUGGCCUGGCUGGCCAGGAGGCCAAGGGCCUGACAGCCAAGCUGGCUGAGGUGCAGGCAGCGCGCCGCCGCAUCGAUGAGAAGAACAAGCUGCUGCGCCAGAUGGCAGGCGGCGGCCGUGACGCGGCGUUUGCAGUGGUGGACCUGACCGAGGUGAACAACAGCUGGGACGCCUUCACCAACCAGCUGCAGCAGUUCGACGCCCACCUGGAGGAGCAGAAGGGCAACCUGGCCGUGCAGAUCAGCCGUCAGCUGGAGGAGUUCAAGGGCAAGGUGGCGGGCAUGAACAGCCGUUGGCAGGAGCUCAAGCCCAAGAGCGGCCCCAGCGGCAACCCCGCUGUGGUGCUGGCCAAGAUCCAGGAGUACGCCAACGCCAUCAAGGAGCUGCGCGAGGAGAGCGCUAAGCUAUAUAAGGAGGCUGAGGCGUUUAAGAUUGACGUGCCAGACUUUGAGCUGAUGACCGAGAUGGAGACGGACGUGAUGGCCACCAAGGCCCACUGGGACCGCUACGCCGACUUCCUGCGUGAGCGUGACGAGAUGGCCAACCGCGACUGGCUGUCCAUGCGUGACCAGGUGUGGAAGAUUGAGGACUUCCUGGCCAAGUGGACCAAGGCCACCGCCGGCAAGAGCGACGACCCCAUCGCCGUCAUCCUCACCCAAGAGAUUGACAACUAUACGCUCUGCCUGCCACACCUCAAAUCUUGCCUGCGUGGUGCGGGCUGGGAGGACACACACUGGAACCAGCUGUUCGGCUUGCUGGGCAUGAAGACGUCGGGACCCGCGGCUGUCAGCAAGGAGACCGUCACGCUCACGCAUUUCCUGGAGAAGGCGGACCUGGUGGUGAAGCACGCGGAUGUCAUCAAGUCGCUGGACGCGCAGGCGCAGGGCGAGGCCGUCAUCCGCAAGGCGCUGACUGAGCUUAAGAUGUGGGGCAUGGCGCGCGAGUUCACGUUCACCGAGAGUACGCAGAGUGUUGCGGGCCGCCAGCGCCGUACGCCGCUGAUCAAGGAGUGGCGUGACGCCAUGACCGAGGUGGGCGACAACCAGUCGCUGGUAGCCUCGCUCAAGCAGAGCAGCUACUACAACAUGUUCAAGGACGAGGUGUCGAGCUGGGAGAACAAGCUGUCAUUCCUGCAGGAGGGCCUCACGCUGCUCAACCAAAUCCAGCGCAAGUGGGUCUACCUGGAGCCCAUCUUCGGCCGUGGUGCGCUGCCAUCGCAGCAGCAGCGCUUCCGCAACGUGGACGAGGAGUUCCGCCGGACCAUGACCAGCCUGGAGUCCACCAAGAAGGUGGUCACCUUUGCUGAUAUCCCUGGCAUCCGCGACAAGCUGCCGCAGAUGGCUCAGCAGCUGGACGUGUGCCAGCGCGCGCUGGCGGACUUCCUGGAGGAGAAGCGCUCGCAGUUCCCGCGCUUCUACUUCCUGGGUGAUGACGACCUGCUGGAGAUUCUGGGCCAAGCCCGCAACCCUGCCGUCAUCCAGUCGCACCUCAAGAAGCUGUUCGCGGGUAUCCAGAAGGUCAAGUUCAGUCAGGACCAGAGCACUAUCCAGGCCAUGCAGAGCAUGGAAGGCGAGGUGGUCGACCUGGCGCCCACCGUGCGCAUCACGGAGCAGAUUGAGACCUGGCUGGGUGACCUGACCCGCUCCAUGAAGAACACGCUGCAGCAGCAGAACGAGGUGCUGUGCGCCGGCCGCAUGAACGACGAGUUCCGCGCCGCUGCCAGUCAGUGCCUGCAGCUUAAGGAGGCGGUGGCCUUCACCGAGAAGGCUGAGGUGGCGCUCAAGGCCGGCUCCUCUGGCCUGGCCAAGCUGGUGACCGAGAUGCGCGCGCAGCUCAUGAAGCUGACGGGCUCCGACUUCACCGGCCACCACUUGCUGCAGCUGAAGAAGCAGGCGCUGGUGCUGGACUUCAUUCACUACUGUGACGUGGCCGAGUACCUGGCCAAGGACAAAAUUGGGGGCACUACUGAGUGGGGCUGGACUCGCCAGCUGCGCUACUACCACCGCGCCGAGGGCUCCGUCAAGGUGGCCAUGGCGGAGGCCACCUUCGACUACACCUGGGAGUACCAGGGCAACGCGGCCAAGCUGGUGUACACGCCCCUGACCGACAAGUGCUACCUGACCCUGACCCAGGGUAUGGCGCUGGGCUACGGUGGGAACCCCUACGGCCCUGCGGGUACCGGCAAGACUGAAUCGGUGAAAGCGCUGGGCCAGGCGCUGGCUCGCCAGGUGCUGGUGUUCAACUGCGACGAGGAGUUCGACUUCAAGUCCAUGGGCCGCAUCUUCGUGGGCCUGGUCAAGUGCGGUGCCUGGGGCUGCUUCGACGAGUUCAACCGCCUGGAUGAGGAAGUGCUGAGUGCCGUGAGCCAGCAGAUUCAGACCAUCCAGCUGGCGUUGAAAGAGGGCGCCAAGACCAUGAUGUUUAUGGACAAGACUGUGGAGGUGGACAAGAACGCGGGUAUCUUCGUGACGCUGAACCCCGCUGGCAAGGGCUACGGUGGCCGCUCCAAGCUGCCCGACAACCUGAAACAGCUGUUCAGGUCCAUUGCCAUGACGGUGCCUAACAACGAGCUGAUUGCCGAGGUGCUGCUGUUGUCCGAGGGCUUCAACCAUGCCAAGGACCUGGCGCGCAAGCUGGUGUCCCUCUUCAGCCUCAGCCGCGAACUGCUUUCUCCGCAGCAGCACUACGACUGGGGUCUGCGUGCGCUCAAGACGGUGCUGGGCAUUGCGGGCCGUGAGCUGCGCGAUGCACGCAAGGCGGGCCAGAACGUGGACGCAGAGAUUGAGGCCGAGAUCAUCAUCCGCUCCGUGGCCGCCACCAAGCUGCCCACCCUCACCUUUGACGACAACUCCCGCUUCAAGGCGCUGAUCAACGACCUGUUCCCGGGUGCCAAGCUGACGGACGCACGCAACGAGGCGCUGGAGAAGGCGCUGGCGGAGGCCGCGGCCGCCUGCAAGAUGGAGCUGACGCAGCAGCAGAUUGACCGCAUGCUGCAGCUGCACCUGGCGUGCGAGCAGCGCAUUGGCGUCAUCAUCGUGGGCCCCUCGGGCUCCGGCAAGAGCACGCUGUGGGAGCUGCUGGAGAAGGCGUACGAGCGCCUGGGCCGCAAGCCCAUCGUGUACAAGAUGAACCCCAAAGCCAUGCCUCGCCAGCAGCUGCUGGGCUCCAUGAACAUGGACACCCGCGAGUGGAGUGACGGCGUGCUGACGGCCGCGGCACGCAAGGUGGUGAAGGAGCCUCUGGAGCAGCGCAGCUGGAUCAUCUGCGAUGGCGAUGUGGAUCCCGAGUGGAUUGAGUCGCUGAACUCGGUGCUGGACGACAACCGCCUGCUGACUAUGCCGAACGGUGAGCGCAUUCAGUUCGCCAACAAUGUCAACUUCAUCUUCGAAUGCCACUCGCUGGAGUUCGCCUCGCCCGCCACGGUGUCGCGCUGCGGCAUGCUGUUCAUGAGUGACGAGGCCAUGGAGGUGGAGCGCAUGCUCCAGCGCUGGCUCAAGGUGCAAGCCACCGACAACGGCGACCCCGGCCAGAUGCAGAGCUGGAUGAACGAUUUUUUCGACAAGGCGUUCCAAUGGGCACUGUCCCACCCCCGCGCCGUGGAGACCACCAAGGGUGGUAUUCUGGACAGCGGGCUGAGCCACCUGAAGCUGGGCCCUGGCUCCAAGCAGGAAUUCAUGGCGGGCCUGUGCCGCGGCCUGGGCUCCAACAUGAACCCCGAUAUCCGCAACCAGUUCUACAACGACAUGGCGCGCAUGAGCGGCGAGGGCGGCAUCAUGGACGUGGGCGUGGCCACGGAUCCGCUGAUUGUGCUGGGCGACGAGCUGCGCGAGCGCGGCAUGGACGAGGCGGACGGCGGUCUGGUGGUUACACCCGAGGUGACGCAAAACCUGCUGAUGAUGGCGCCGUGGUUUAAGAACCGCGACCCCUUCCUGGUGGUGGGCCCUGAGGGCUGCGGCAAGGGCGCUCUGCUGGACUACUGCUUCAAGCGCAUCAUGGGUGUGCAGGUGGCGGUGGUGAACUGCAGCGCGCAGACAAGCGCCGCUAACGUCGUGCAGAAACUGGUCCAGGUGUGCGGCAAGCCCGUCACCACCACCUCCGGCAAGGCGCUGCGCCCGCCCGACAACACGCGUGUCAUCCUGUACCUGAAGGACCUGAACCUGCCGCGUCCCGACAAGUACAACACCUGCCAGCUCAUCUCCUUCCUGCAGCAGCUCAUUGCGCACCACGGAUACUACGACGAGAACCUGGACUUCAUCCGCGUGGAGCGUGUGCAGAUUGUGGGCAGCAUGACGCCGCCCGGCUCAGUGGGCCGCCACGCGCUGUCCACCCGCUUCACGGCGCUGGUGCGCAUCGUCACCAUGGGCUACCCCGACCGGGAGAACCUCGCCACCAUCUACACCAACAUGGCACAGCGCGUGCUGGCCAACAGCAAGACCGCCAGCAGCGUCAGCCCCGCGGCGCUGUCCAAGGCCAUGCUGGAGGUGUACAGCUCGGUGCGCGAGCGCUUCACGCCCAACGACUACCCGCACUACGAGUUCAAUGCCAGGGAGCUGAGUGACUGGAUCAACGGCAUCCAGCGCUACAGCCUGGAGGGCGGCCUCACGCUGGUGCAGGCCAUCGCGCAUGAGGGCUUGCGCGUGUUCCGCGACCGCCUGGUGGGCGACCAUCAGGAGCAGUUCACGUCCAUGCUGUACGGCACACUCACCUCGCUGCUGGGCUACAAGCCAGACGCCACGCCCUGGUACACCAGCACGCUGGGCGCCAGCGCUGAGGAGCGCAUCAGCGGCGACCUCACCAAGAUCAAGAUGCUGCGCUGGGAGCAGGACACGUUUGCGGAGCUAGUGGCGGAAAAGCUGAAGGGCUAUGAGCGCGAGCACAAGGAGCUGAACUUGCUGCUUUUCCCCGAGGUGCUGGAGCGCGUGUCGCGCUUUGACCGCGUGCUGAGCCAGCAGGGCGGCUCUUUGCUGCUGUGCGGCAACUCGGGUGUGGGCCGCCGCUCGCUGAUGCUGCUGCUGGCGUACAUGCACAACAUGGACUUUAUCACGCCCAAGAUGACCAAGAACUACGACCUCAAGUCGUUCCGCAACGACCUGAAGGAGGUGCUGCGGCGCGCGGGUGUGGAGGCCAAGCCAGUGAUGCUGUUCCUGGAGGACCACCAGCUGGUGAACAAUGCCUUCCUGGAGCUGGUGAACAGCCUGCUGUCCGGCGGCGAGGUGCCGGGUCUGUUCACGCCGGAGGAGCUGGCCAAGGAGUUGGCUCCACUGGACAAGGCGCGCGACGAGGACCCGCUGUACACCGGCCCGUCCAACUCGUACGCCUUCUUCAGCUAUCGCAUCCGCCGCAACCUGCACAUCGUGGUGUCCAUGGACCCCUCAAACGAGAUGUUCCGCUCCCGCUGCGAGGCCAACCCCGCGCUGUUCACGCGCUGCAGUGUGCAGUGGCUAGAGGGCUGGAGCGUGAAGGGCUUGCAGCAGAUCGCCGCCGCCCGCCUGACGGAGCUGGUGGAGAGCAGCCCCGAGCUCAUGAAGCUCGGCAGAGAUAAGCUGAUCAACCAUAUGAUUCACAUCCACGCCAGCAGCGGUAGCCAGACUACCCGCGAGUACCUGGCGCUCGUCAGCCUGUACGGCCAGAUCUACAACCGCAAGCGCACGCAGGUGCUGGAGCAGCAGAACUUCCUGAAGGGCGGUCUGGGCAAGCUGGCAGAGGCGGCGGUGACGGUGGACACGCUGAGCGCGGAGGCGGAGAAGCAGCGUGUGGUGCUCAAGGCCAAGCAGGCGGAGGCGGACGAGGCGCUGGUGCAUAUCCAGGACUCCAUGCUCAAGGCCGCGGACCGGCGUAAGGAGGUGGAGGUGCUCAAGAAGCGCACCGCCAUCGAGGAGGUGGAGAUGAAGGAGCGCCGCGUCAAGGUGGAGGAGGAGCUGUCGGAGGUGCAGCCGCUGAUUGACGCCGCGCGCAAGGCCGUGGGCAACAUCAAGAAGGAUAACAUCGCUGAGAUCCGCUCCCUCAAGAUGCCGCCCGACGCCAUUCGCGAUGUGCUCGAGGGCGUGCUGAUGGUGCUGGGCCAGCAGGACACGUCCUGGAACAACAUGAAAACCUUCCUGGGCAAGGGCAGCGUCAAGGAUGACAUUAUCAACUAUGACGCGCACAAGAUUACGCCCGAGAUCCGUGCUCGUUGCGCCAAGCUGCUGGCGGCCAAGGGUAACUCUUUUGAGGACGCCGUCAUCCGCCGCGUGAGUGUGGCCGCGGCGCCCAUGGCGCAGUGGUUCAAGGCCAACCUGGAGUUCAGCAAGGUGCUGGAGCGCGUGUCGCCCCUGGAGAGCGAGCUGCACCGCCUGCAGAGCAGUCUGGAGGAGAGCCAGCGCCUGAUCAAGCAGUACGAGGAGGAGCUGGUGCAGCUGGACGCGGCGGUUGCGUCGCUGAAGGCUGAGUUCAGCAAGAAGACCAGCGAGGCGGAGACGCUGAAGAUCAGCGUGGACAAGGCGGAGUCGGUGCUGUCGUCCGCCCGCCAGCUGCUGGACGGCCUGCGCGGCGAGAAGGUCCGCUGGGAGAUCACCGUGGGCACGCUGGGUGAGCAGCUGAAGGAGCUGCCGCUGUCAUCGCUGCUGGCCGCGGCGUUCAUCACCUACCUGCCCUCACACCCGGAGGAGCACCGCCUCAAGGUUACAAAGGAUUGGUGUGCGUACCUGGGCGCGGCCGAGUUCGAUGUGACCCGCUUCCUGAGCUCCGAGAGCGAGAUGCUCAAGUGGAAGGCUGAGGGCCUGCCCGCGGACGGGCUGUCGGCGCAGAACGCGGUGGUCAUCCUCAACUCCACCUCUCGCUCGCCGCUCAUCAUCGACCCAUCGACCCAGGCCUCAGAGUGGCUCAAGUCGCACCUGCGUGUCACUGGCCAGAACGUGGAGGUCACCACCAUGGCCGACCAGCGCUUCACCACCACACUGGAGCUGGCGGUGCGCUUCGGCAAGACGCUGGUUGUGGCGGAGGUGGACAAGGUGGAGCCCAUCCUGUACCCGCUGCUGCGCAUGGACCUGGACCGCCAGGGCCCGCGCUUCGUGGUGCAGAUCGGUGACAAGGCCACCGACUACAACGACACCUUCCGCCUGUUCCUGGUGACCCGCAACCCCGACCCCUACCUGCCGCCCGACGCCCGCUCGCUGCUGGCUGUGACCAACUUCACGGUCACGCGCAGCGGCCUGGAGGGCCAGCUGCUGGGCCUGACGCUGCAGAAGGAGCGGCCGGAGCUGGAGGAGCAGAAGAGCACCAUGUUGCGGCAGGAGGACGAGUGCAAGGUGGCGCUGGCGGAGCUGGAGCGCAACCUGCUGCAGACGCUGGCCACCAGCACGGGCAACAUCCUGGAGAACAAGGACCUGCUGGACAAGCUGAACGAGACCAAGACGCGCUCAGCCACGGUGGAGAAGGCGCUGACCGAGUCCAAGACGCUGCAGGCCAGCCUGGACCAGCAGCGUGAGGUGUACCGACCCAUCGCCGCGCGUGGCUCCGUCAUGUACUUCCUGCUGGCGGACCUGCAGGCGCUCAACCAAAUGUACACCUUCAGCCUGUCGGUGUUCCUCAACCUGUUCAAGAAGGCGCUGGACCGUGACACGCCGCCCGGCGGCGACGUCACGGCUCGCAUCGCGCUGCUGGCUGAGUCGCUGCUGGAGCUGGUGUUCGCCUACGUCAGCCGCUCGCUGUUCAAUGCCGACCGCCUCACGUUUGGCAUGCACAUGGCGCGCCACCUGCAGCCCUCGCUGUUCCCCGAGGCGCAGUGGGCCUUCUUCCUGGGCAAGCCCGUGCCCGACUCGGCCUCACCGCCGCCGAAGCCGUCGUGGGUGCGCGAGGAGCAGGCGGGCGCCUUCUCUGCGCUGGCCGCCGCCUUCCCGCAGCUGGUGGCGGCGGCGGAGCUGGCGGACUCGGCGCUGUGGGCGCAGUGGGCCAGCGGUGCCACGGACGCACUGCCUGGCAAGAUUGCGGGCGGCAAGGUGAACCCCUUCCAGCAGCUGCUGCUGGUCAAGGCCUUCCGCCCCGACCGCCUGCAGAGCGCCAUGUCGUCCUUCAUCUGCGGCACGCUCAACAUCAAGUCGGUGUCGCCGCCGCCGUUUUCGCUCAAGGCUCUCAUUGAGGGCGAGACGCGGCCCGACGAGCCCGUCCUGUUCAUCACCACGCCUGGCGCCGACCCGUCGCAAGAGCUGUCCGAGUACGCCGCCCAGACCAUGGGCAAGGAGCGGUACUUUGAGGUGGCCAUGGGCCAGGGCCAGGCUGAGAAGGCCGUGACGCUGCUGCGCGAGUGCGCCAAGAACGGCGACUGGCUGGUGCUCAAGAACGUGCAUCUGGCGGUGUCAUGGCUGCCCUCGCUGGAGAAGGAGCUGCUGAUGCUGCAGAAGCACGACAACUUCCGCAUCUUCCUGACGUCGGAGCCACACCCCAAAUUCCCGUCCACGCUGCUGGAGAUGUCGCUCAAGGUGACCUUCGAGGCGCCCCCAGGCAUGAAGAAGAACCUACAGCGUACCUACGAGGCCUGGUCCGCCGAGUACCUGGCGUCUGGCCCGCCCAUCCGCGCUCAGCUGCUGUUCGUGCUGGCCUGGUUCCACGCCGUGGUGCAGGAGCGCCGCACCUACAUUCCUCAGGGCUGGACCAAGUUCUACGAGUUCUCGUUCGCCGACCUGCGUUCGGGCAUGGACGUGAUCACGCUGGCCACCCGUGCCGGCACCGCGCCGCAGUGGCCGCUGCUGCUGGGCCUGCUGGAUGACGCCAUCUACGGCGGCCGCCUGGACAACCCCUUCGACUCGCAAGUGCUGCUGACCUUCCUGCGCCGCCUGUUCAGCGCCGAGACGGUGGGCGCGGCGGGCGGCAAGGUGCGGCCGCUGCCCGGCAGCAAGGUGGUGGUGCCCACCACCAACCAUCGCGCCGACUACGUGUCCAUCAUCUCGGCCCUGCCGGACGUGGACACACCCGGUCUAUUCUGCAUGCCCGACAACAUCGACCGCACCGCGCAGCAGGUCAACUCGGCGCGUGUAAUCUCGCAGCUCAAGGCCAUGAGCCUGCGCGCCGAUGCCGCGGGUGGCUUCAACCGCGCACAGUGGCAGGCACAGCUGGGUCCGCUGCUGCGGCUGUGGGACCAGCUCAUGUCGGGCGCGUCGGCGCUGAAGGCGGCCAUGAAGGAUAUCCGCGCGCGCGGCACCACCGACAAGGGUGGCGCUCCCAUUGAGAACUUCGUGGCUCUGGAGCGCUACAAGGGCGCGAGCCUGGUUGCGCUUAUCGACCGCACCCUGGGCGCCAUUGCGCGCGUGCUCAAGGGCACUGACACUCUGUCCAGCGGCGUGCAGUCCAGCGGCGCGGCGCUGCUGGCGGACGUUAUUCCGGGCUCCUGGGACGCGGCGUGGGAGGGCCCCGAGGCACCCAUGGACUACUGCCGCGCAGUGGUGGCCAAGGCGCUGGCCAUUGAGGGCCACUGGGCGCGCUGCCAGCAGCCCGGCGGCGGCGGCCUGCUGGACGGAAGCGGCGGCGCCGGCCCGCUGGAGCUGAGCUCUGUGUUCCACCCGGGCACCUUCCUGAACGCGCUGCGCCAGCAGUCGGCCCGCACGCUGGGCUGCUCCAUGGACAUGCUCAAGGCCGUGACCAGCUGGGAAACCGCCAAGCUCAAGGCGGCGGCGGGCGGGGCGCCGGUGGCGCUGCUGGGCGGCCUGAUCAUGCAGGGUGCCACGUUUGACGGCAGCCGCCUGAGCCCGGUGGCGGCAGAGGCGCCCGCCUUCCGCGCGGUGCCGGCCAUGAGCAUGGCCUGGCUGCACAAGGACUCGCCCAUGGCGUACGCCAGCUACAUGGAGGCGCCGCUGUACAUGACCAGCGACCGCAGCAAGCUGCUGGCGCGCGUGCAGCUGCCAGUGAGCGGGCCCGAGGAGAUGGAUGGCUGGGUGCUGGCGGGCCUGUCGCUGUUCCUGUCAGUAUAGUCAAUGAGUUGAAGGAAGAGGAGCUGGGCGCAGGCUUGGCAGAGGCGUUGAUUGUAGCAUUGCAACGGAGUAGGGGCGGAAGCACAGCGAUAGUGACUGCGUCAGUAAGGUGCAAACGCGGCCCUGUGUAGCAUACGUUUGUGAACGCGAUGUACGUCUGGGCUCCGGUACACAUCUACCAUACGGCUGCGGUGUAUUGGUUGAGUACGCAAUGCGAUACCGAAUGCGAGCUGUGCUGCGGAUAUGUUGUACGAGGUUCCCGUGCGCAUGCACUUUGCACCCAUGCCCAAGGGUUGUCUGAGUGUGAAGCCGUUUGAUUUCUGACACGACUGAUGUUUGAUUUCUGACACGACACGGGAUGCAAUUGUAACCACUACACUGU